GAAAAAGACAUUAACGAAAGAGAGCGAAGACUUCGUCGCAGAGACUUUUUGUGGAUUUUAUCGUUUUGAGUAUCUUCUUCUUCUUCUUCUUCAAUUCAAUUCAAUCAAAUAAAUUUUUAGGGUUUAUUUCAUCAGAUUGUUUUGUUUAUUGGUAUAUAUAUAUAUAUUAAUCGAAGAAACGUUUGGAUUAGGUUGAGAAAUCGAAGAAUUUUUUCUUCGAUUCGAAAUGGGAAAAUUUUGUUGCUUCACUUCCGCUUCUGAGGUUGUGGGAGGACAAUCAUCAUCUCGAUCGGGUAAAGGAAGAAGUGAUGAAGGGAUGAUCAAGUAUGGCUUUAGUCUAGUUAAAGGGAAAGCUAAUCAUCCCAUGGAGGAUUACCAUGUUGCUAACUUUAUCAACAUCCAAGACCAUGAAUUGGGUCUUUUUGCUAUUUAUGAUGGUCAUAUGGGUGAUACUGUCCCUGCCUACUUGCAGAAGCGUCUCUUCUCCAAUAUCCUCAAGGAGGGAGAGUUCUGGGUUGAUCCUCGAAGGUCUAUAGCAAAAGCUUAUGAGAAGACAGACCAGGCUAUUCUAUCAAAUAGUUCUGACUUGGGUCGUGGUGGGUCUACGGCCGUGACUGCCAUAUUGAUUAACGGGAGGAAGUUGUGGGUAGCUAAUGUUGGUGAUUCAAGAGCUGUUCUUUCUCGAGCAGGCUCAACAAUGCAGAUGAGUACAGAUCAUGAGCCCCGUGCUGAAAGGUCGAGCAUUGAGGAUAGAGGUGGAUUUGUAUCCAAUCUACCAGGUGAUGUUCCUCGGGUGAAUGGUCAAUUAGCUGUAUCUCGUGCCUUUGGAGACAAGGGACUUAAGACACACCUGAGUUCAGAACCUGACAUUAAAGAAGCCACUGUAGAUAGCCAGACAGAUGUUCUUCUCUUGGCCAGUGAUGGAAUUUGGAAGGUGAUGACAAAUGAAGAGGCAAUGGAAAUAGCAAGAAGGGUGAAAGAUCCACAGAAAGCAGCAAAGGAACUAACAGCUGAAGCAUUGAGAAGAGAGAGCAAAGACGACAUAUCUUGUGUCGUAGUCAGAUUCAGAUGACAAACUCUGAAAGGGAGGGGAUGGGAUAUUUUACGAAGGAGAUGGUUCCUAAUAUAAUAAACCCGCAUUUUCAAAUCAAAAAAGAUUCACCAGGACAACAACAAAAAGAAAGGCUUGUUUUUCACAGGAUUCGACUCUGAUGAUUCUGGUCUGGUUUUAGACUUGAGUCUUAAGUUUCGAUUUUGUGUGAUUAGCUUCUUGCUAUAGCUUAUGUGCUACGUUCAUUGUGUGAAUUGUGUGUGUUUUUUAAAGACGACAAGAAAAAUGAACAAAAAAAAAAGGGAGAGAGGAAAAAAAGAGUUGGUGGGUGGUGACUGGUGGGAGGAUUUGUGUUAUUAUAAUUGGUUAAUUUGUUAUUUCUAAUCAUCGGGAUAUAUAAAGUUAUAUUAGGAUGUUUUUAAAAUUAUUGUGAAAGUAACUUUUUUGAUUAGGUUU